GUUGAUAAUUCUGUGUGGUGUCAACUCCCACUGCGCAGCCGCAGCCCGGGUGACGAAGAUGGUGCUCAUCAAGGAAUACCGUGUUGUGUUGCCGGUCUCAGUGGAAGAGUAUCAAGUAGGGCAGCUGUACUCUGUGGCUGAGGCCAGCAAGAAUGAGACGGGAGGAGGAGAAGGCAUUGAGGUGCUGAAAAAUGAACCGUACGAGAAGGAAGGGGAGAAGGGACAAUACACACACAAAAUAUACCAUCUAAAAAGUAAAGUCCCCGGUUAUGUGAAGAUGAUUGCACCAGAGGGGGCGUUAGUUUUUCAUGAAAAGGCUUGGAAUGCUUACCCGUACUGUCGCACCAUUGUGACGAAUGAGUACAUGAAGGACGACUUCAUGAUAAAGAUUGAGACGUGGCACAAACCUGACAUGGGAACAGUAGAAAAUGUCCAUGACCUGGACGAGCAGACAUGGAGGACUGUGGAGGUGGUGCCCAUAGAUAUCGCUAACAAAGAAGAAGUGGCCUCUGCGGACUACAAACCAGAAGAAGAUCCAGCUCUCUUCCACUCUACCAAAACCGACAGAGGACCGCUGGGCCCUGAGUGGAAGAAUGAGCUGAAGACGGAUUGUCCCUACAUGUGUGCAUACAAACUGGUCACAGUCAAGUUCAGGUGGUGGGGUCUGCAGACCAAAGUGGAAAAUUUCAUCCACAGGCAAGAAAAGCGAAUUUUCACCAACUUCCACCGCCAGCUGUUCUGCUGGAUCGACAAAUGGGUGGGCUUGACCAUGGAGGACAUCAGGCGGAUGGAAGAGGAGACUCAGAAAGAGCUUGAGGAGAUGCGUCAGAAAGGUGACGUGCGAGGAACCUCUGCAACAGACGAGUAGAGGCCCGUCGCUGUAGGUCACACACUAGAGGCAGGCUGACUGCGUAAAACCGGUCCGAUUCGAGGCACCAGUGCUGCUCAUGAGCAAUGAGGCAAAACAACCAAACCCUGUCAUGAUGAUGUCAUCGGAGACACGUCCACCAUGCUGAGGAAGUGGCCUCCACGUCGCCUCUUCUCCUCCUGUCUCACAUGAUUCAUUGGGGGGUUUGAAACGAUUGGUUACCAGUAUUGUACAGAUCCUACCCCAAUCAUAAGCCUCCUGUUCACUCAGAAAACAAAAGGAAAAAAAAAGUGGUUUUGCAUACAUUAUAAAAAAGAAAAAAAAACUCUUUGCACAGGAAAUAAAUUGCCUGAUCUGUAAUUGUUAGUUGAUUAUUACAAUGGGCUUUGUUUUUAUUCAGGUGUGUAAACCGGACUCAGAAAGUCAUGCCUUUUAAAUUAGAAUGUUGUUUUUAGUUCCCACAAAUAAUUGGUAUGAGAAAAAUAAGCAGGUUUCGGGCCAUUGAUCUCCCUGCCCUCCCUUGUAUUAUAACUGUCUCUACUUUCGUCCUCGUCUCUCUUUAAGUAUCGUCCGUAUUCUUGUGCAGACCCCUACCAGGUUGUCUCGCUGACCCCUCUGUCUGGCACUUAUUCGGGAAUAUUUUUACUCAGUCUUUUUGUUUUUUUUUGUUUUUUUUGUGGAAAAUGCUCCUGCAUGAUCAUUCUUUGCCAUUGUUUCCCCGUCACAUGCCCAUAUGUAAACAUGGUCUCCUCCGUCUGAGCGCGCACGUUGACAACAGCAGCUCCUCACUGCAUGUGCACGUCGCUGCAGUGCAGCUUCACUCAGAUGGGCCGCCGGUAAGCGCCCUCUAGGAGAGUCUGUGCAUCACAGCUCUGUUAGCGUGUGCGUGUUGCGUCCGUGUGCUUGUGUGUGUUUUCAACGGCCUUCACUCAUAGGACUGAGACGGAUAGCUUCAACUCCAGCCUCGUGAACUUUGCCUCAUGCUGUCGCUGCAUGGCCUUUUCUUCUCGGCUAGGGCUUUAACCGGAGGACUCACACAGCCUCCGAAAAAGAAAAAAACUAAAACAAAUGAGGAUGAGAGUCUGUGCGUUGCUGUGUGCAUGAAUCAAAAUAGGUUUUUAUAUCUUAGACUAACUGACAGAAAUGGGUCCAGGCAGAUCUGCCAUGUUUGUUGUGACUAGCGAGCGUUCUGGGUGUUAGGGUUUCUUUUUUCUCUCUAUGUAUAGUGAUUUAUUUUUAAAGCUUUUCAUCCAUUUUAACUACAAGAAGCUCUGUGGGCAGUCUGAGCUUCUCUGGACUGUUUUUAUUCAUGGAUGAAAUGGCUCAGGUUGAACAGAUUUGACUAUUACAGUUUAGGCCGGUGUUGGGCUCCGUAGUGUGAGGCAGCAUCUUUUUAUCCCGGCCACCUUCUUGGCUGCAUCCACAUCAGCAGCUCGGUUGGCCGUCUUUGUUUUGGGCUUGGUGCAGAUGCUUCGGGGGCUGCGGGUAAAAUAUUUUUCCCAUCAGGUGCAGAGUUAUUAGGCUAAGUGUGGUUAAUGUUAAACAUCUAAAUGAGACUUUAAUGAUGCUUUAUAAUAGACAAACUGUACAUACACAUAAACUUGAAUAGGAUUUUCACAGCUACUAGCAUCAUCUGCUGUAACUGUAAGGGAGGUGUGAUGUAGUCGGGACAGUUGGUGUCAGCUCUGGGUGUAAAGUGGAGAUAACUGUACCUCAUCCAUGCUUAUGAAUGUGCAGCCACACAGAUGAGGAGACAGAUGUGGCAGGACCUUCCUGAAGCACAGGAGCACUGGCAUGUUUCACAGCUGUGCAAGCAUCACCAGUACAAACACCAGACAAACGGAUUUACUACUACAACUAGAUUUGCAUGCUCUUUUUUUGUGUUUUUGUUUUUUACAUUUUCCUUCCUAUCCUCGAUUAUUCUGUUUGAGCGAAGGGAAUUCAAAGCGAGGGAUCCUCCCUCGAUCAAACUCGCUUCAGCUCGACCUCAGAUUACCAGACGAGGAGUGAAAAGCCGAGCGAGUCUGAUGACGGGGGUCGCUCUCAGGCGGUGUGAUGUAGCAUUAGCAGUGAUGCCAGCCAGUGUAUGACUGUGGGAGGGCUUGAAGCUUAGGGAACAGAUGGAGUCCAGAAAAAAACGGUUUUCUUAUUGUAAUCAUGAAUAAGCACUUGCAAAAUCUACUGUUUCUCUUUUUGUUGUUUUUUUUUUUUUUUUUUUUUGUUUUUUGUUUUUUUUUUGUUUUUUUUUUGUUUUUGACAAAGAUUCACAAUGUAUUCACUUUUCUCUUUCUGAUACGGCAAAAUUCAGGGGAAUUAGUAGUGAAUGUAAUAAAUUUGUUCCUUUUUCCUUUUCAUGGCUUUCAGGCUGUGACAGAAGGUCUAGACAAUGGAACAUAACAGAAUAUCUAAUAAAUUUGAACAAAUAAG